CUAGAAAGGCACCACGUCGAAACUGUCCGACACCCCGAGCGGCUCAUCUCAAUUGCCGGUUUUGUAUAAGUGCUCAACGAAGCUCCUCAAGUGGUUGUCUCUCACCCAUCAUGGCGGACGCAGAAACCUGGACCCCAUGCUGUUCUAUCGAGGAAGCCGAUAGAAUACUGACACAUACCGGGGGCUUGCUCGAAAUUGAAACUCGCAUCGUUGACGGGGGAGUUCUGAAAGUCUGGAAGAAUCUCUGGCCGUCUCUGCGACUAUUCUUCCUCCACUCGACCAAGAAAUACGCAGACAAAACCUACAUAGUAUACGAGAAAGAGCGUUAUACCUUCCGGGAAAUCUUAGACAAGUCAGUCAGAUGUGCGGCCAUUUUCAGAGAUGUUUACGGUGUUAAGAAAGGGGAUCGAGUAGCUAUCUGCUCUCGAAAUUGUCCUACUUACUUGAUCGUGUUUUGGGCUUGCCAUCUUCUGGGAGCUGUAACUGCCCUUGUAGACAUAUCGCAGCCGUUAGAGUUGCUAGGAUACUGUAUCACGCUCACAAGAUGUGCACUGAUCGUCCUUGACCCCGAGCGAGCCGACAUGAUCGAACCGAUUGUUGCUGAGUUGAGUCUCGCAUCUGACGCGUCAGGAUACCUCGUACUCGAGGAUCACAAGGGAAAAGGCUAUUGGGAAGGUAUGGACGUUUGGAGUUCAGUCUCCUCCGGAUACAAUAAAGAACCCGGGGAUGUACUGAGUGACGACCCUCAAAUCUUGCCUGAAGAUAACGCGUCAAUUACCUUUACGUCGGGGACCACUGGCUUACCAAAGGGCGUCUUGAGCUCGCAGCGUGCAUUCUUGACGCCUAUCUUCAAUGUUUUUUCUUUGGCAGGAAGAGAUUGUUUUCGACGAGGCGAACCGUUCCCUCCGAUACCUGAUACAGGUCCCCAAGAAGGCACCCUGAUUCCAAGGUCACUAUGCAAUGCUACUGCAUUCAAUACGGCUAUGUUCGGUACUUCACAAGGAUUAAAACUUGUUUUAACGCGGACAUGGAAUAUCGAUGAAGGCAAAUUGUACAAAACGGAAAAUAUCACUCGGCUAAGCAGUACUUCCUCGAUCGUUAGAGAACUCGUUGAUAGUCCAUUAUCCGAGAUCUCGAUAAAGACCAUUGCAUAUGGAGGUACCUCUAUGGCGGCAUCUCACUUUCAGAGGCUGAAACAAGCCUUUCCCCUUGCCACAUUCAUACAAGUUUAUGGUCUUACUGAGAAUGGCGGCAGCGCGGUAGGCUUCGCUGGACCGGACUUUUCUGCGAGGCCUAAUAGUUGCGGUUUCGUGUCGCCUGUCAAUGAGAUCCUGAUAAUGAAGGAUGGUGUCAAGGUUGCGCCUGGAGCGGUGGGAGAGAUUUGGUUGCGCGGUCCGAAUGUGAUGAAAGGAUAUUAUGACGAUAGCGCUGCUACUGAUAAGGUCCUUACUAAGGAUGGAUGGCUACUAACCGGUGACCUAGGACGAAUGGACGAAUACGGUUAUGUUUACAUUAAUGAUAGGAGAGAAGAUAUCAUCAUUUGUGGCGGGAAUAACGUAGAAUCCAUUUUUGUCGAGAACGCCCUGUAUACCGAACCGGGUGUAUUGGAAACGGCGGUAGUCGGCGUGCCUGAUGAACACUUGGGAGAGUUGCCUGUGGCACUGGUUACCCUCAAGCCUAGAUAUCAUGGAUUAGUCAACGAGGAGAAACUCAGGGCGACUGCCAAGAAACUGCUACCCAAAUACGCUGUUCCGGUGAUGAUUAUUUUGUAUGAUCGCGGUUUCGAUCACACAUCUUCUGGGAAGAUUAUCAAAGCACCACUACGGGAUGUAGCCAAGAGGGAGUGGGCAAGGAGGUCGGGGAAAGAGCAGUCAAAUCUCCGGGCUACACGAUAAGGAGCGCUGUGGAAGUUCCAUGUAUAUGGACCAGCCUGCACAACAAAGUAUGAAUGGGAGGCGUAGUGAACGUAAAAUUUAAAGGGUAGUGGAUUCCUAUGGGGGUACUAUCAUGAACUUGCGGUCAAGGUCUAAUUAAACUCCCGAGGUACGAAGGAUGUGUCCUGCCUAGUAAUC